AAUAAAUAAAUAUUAGAAAGAGAAGACAACAAGUCUGUCAAAUUGUCAAUAUUGCGUGUCAAACUGUCAAAUAAUAAUGCAAAUUGGCGAAAAGCGAAAGACUUAAAAUGACAUUUGACAGUUUUAUUAUUUUAAAAAACUUUUGUAAUAAUUAAAUUUAAAAACAAACAAAGUUAAUACAAAAAAAAAAAACUAAAAUUUAUUAUUAUUAUUUAUAAUUAUUUGAUUAAUUUAUAAAAAUGUUAAAAUUUGCAAUAAUAUCUGUAAUUUUUUUAUGUUUUUACAUUGGAAAAUCAGAGGGACAAUCUUAUGAUGAUAAACGUUGCAAGUGUAUAUGUCCAAGUAUUUCAUCAGUAAUUAAUGUAACAAAUGAAACAAAUCCAUCAAAAGAACGUUUAAAUUUUAUAUCAAAUGUUCCACCAUCAGAAUGUAAUUGUGAAGGUGUUGUUCUUCGAAAAAUUAAGGAUAAACUUCAUGGUCAAGAGCUUGCUUUUUGUCCUCGAUGUGAAUGUAAAUAUGAAAAUCGAAAUACAACAAUUAUCAAGAUUGUUGUUAUAAUUGUCAUAUGGGUAAUAUCAUUAUUAGUGAUAUAUAUGUUAUUUUUAAUUUGUCUUGAGCCAUUGUUGAAUAAGAGGAUUAGAAAAACAGUUGGUGGUACUGGAUAUUUAGAGCAUACUAAUGAAGAUGAUGAUGGAAAUUUAUCAACUGCACCUGGUACUGUUAAUCCAAUGGCUGUAAGACAAAAUGUUUUGAAUCGUGUUGGUCAUCAACAAGAUAAAUGGAAACGACAAGUUCGUGAGCAACGUCGUAAUAUUUAUGAUCGACAUACAAUGCUCAAUUAAAUUACUUGAAUGAAAUCUAUUUACUUUCUUUUUUUGUUUAUAUAAUUGUAAUUUUUUUUUUUAUAAUAGUAAGUCAUUAAGUCUUUGAACAAUUUAUUUAGUUUAUUAUUAUAUUUAAUUAAAAUGUAAUGAAAAAAAAUUUAAUUGAUUGAAACAGUUUAAUUUUUUUUUUCUAUUUAUAUAUUUUUAUCGAAAUAAUUUGUUGAUACUAAGUUGAGUAAUCAGUGUUUCUCUGAAAACGAUAAAAAAUGUUUAUUUUUUUUUUUUUUAUCAAGCAAAUAUCAUGUACUUUUGAGAUUGUAUUUCACAGUACUUCCGGUGUUAAUUGCGUAGUUGUAAAAAAUAUAAUUUUGUUUAAUUUUAAAUUAUUUUAAUUAUGAAAAUAUUAAUAUGAUAAUUUUUUGAAAAUUUAUUAUGUCUAUUUUUAUACAAAAAAUAAUUUAAAAUUCUUUUUUUUUUUUUUUCAAGUUAAUAUGUAGACUAACAGCUACGCAAUUUCGACCUUCUGUUACUCGAUAACAAAUACAGCAAAAAUUUAAAUUAAAAAAAGAUUAAUAAAAUGUGGAAUACGACCUUAAUAAAAGUCGUACUUGAAUAAAUUAAAAUAAAUAAACAAAUGAAAAAUAAAAAGAUAAUAAAUUUAGGUAAAUAAAAUAAAGUGAAAUUAUAUAAUCUGCUUUAUUUAAUUUAUCUUGUUAAUUAAAAUAUUUCCAAACACCUGUUUAGUUUGAAUUAAUUAACAGGAUUAUUAUUAGCGUUAAUUAAAUUUUUGUUAAAUUUUAUUUUUAUUUAUUUAAAUUAAACAAAUAAUUCAAGAGUAUAUUUUUCUUUUAAAUUUGAAAGAAAUAUUUGUUUUUCUUUGAAAUAUAUUUGUUUAAAAAAAUCAUGAUAAAUAUAAAUAUUAUUUUAACAUACUUGAUAAUUUUAGUAAUAAAAUGAAAGAUACUUUGAAGUAAAAUAAAAAUAUAAACUUCAAAUAAGAUAAAAUAAAAAGGUCAUCAGUUUUUUUUAUAUAAAAAAAUAUGUGACAUUUUAUUUCAUCAUUUUAUUGAUAAUAAAAUUCAAAUGUUAAAUUAAAUAUUAACUUAUAUAUACCAAGAAUAUUUAUCAUAACAAUUUGGAUGUUAUUAUAAUUUUUUUUCAACAAGUCAUUUUAAAAAUUAUCAAUUCACUUGAAUAAUUUUAGAAUAGAUUGAUUGCCCAAAACGAGGUCAAAUAAAACCAUCAGUUUAAACAAAUCCCUACUCUUUUUUUAAAAUUGACUAUAUAUAAAAGAAGAUUUAACGGAGAAAUGGCAGUUUCUCUUGUUCAAAGCAACCAAGUUGGUAUAUUUGGAUUACAAAUAAAAUUAACAAAACAUUCUUUUGAAGAUAUAAAUUAUUCAAAAUGUCGAAAUUAUUAGUCACUUUGUUUAUGAUUAUGGCUAUCAUAUGUUUUUCUGUAACAACAGGAUUUCAACUUUGUGGUAAAAAUGCUGAUUCGUGUGCAGGAUUCUUUGAAUUUUGCUGUCCAGGAUACACUUGCGUAGAAGCACUGUCAAUCAAAAAAUGUAUUGAAAAAUUAUCAUAAGU